AUGGUAUAAAAAAUGUCUCGUAUAUUCACGGAUACCUGUCUAAAUUUGAAUCCUAUUAUUCUGAAUUAUUCAACUGGCACGAAAAGUUUUUUACAUUAACCGAAGCAAACGGACGGGUCACAUACAUAACCGACUUUCCAAUUAAAAGAUCAGUAAAGGAUGUUAGUUUCAACGAGUCAAUUCAGAAUCCAUAUGAAGGCGGAGGGGUAGGACAACUAAACACUCAGUUUUUGACUCUACAGAUACCUAUUUCAGAUCAUGAUCGGACAGGGAGCCGACAAUGUCAUCAUUAUGAACGUCACUCACCCGGACAACAGUUUGGAACUGCUAGUAUUCGUAUUUAAAGCGGGUAAAGCUUUCGAGGUGUGUAAACCGACUUCUGUUGAUGAAAGAAUGAGAAUUCCUUCCUUGCAGUUCAUUUUUUUCCGAGAUGAUGAAGACAUGCCCGUCUUCUCCGUCGGUAUCUUCAAAUCAAAGAGAGAGAUCACAGAGCCUCUGAUGACUGCUGAGUCGGAACUCGAAGAAUAUAGAAAUAUUCAAACGUUUGCCCUAGUACGUUUUUUAAAUAAUGUUAAAUACCCAAAUGAAGAGAAAUUGCAGAAGAUAGCCGCAGUAUUCAGCACCAUGAGCCAUUGGCUGAUUCAUGACGCAGAACAGGAGGACCUCGAAGAAUAUCUGACCUGGAGAUAUGUGAACAACCCACCAAUUCAAUAA